UGUUCUCAAUGUGUAAGUGCAUAGACUUAUGGUCGUAUAUUAUAUAGAUAUGCAUAUUGUACAUUUUUUGUGUAAUUCAUGUUUAUUAAUAUUAUUUAUAAACAGUAUAAUACAUUAAAAGCAUUGUAUAACUUUUUAAAAUUAAAAGAGAGUAUAUAAUUUUUUAUGAAAAGGACUUGGUCGAAGAUCAUUUUAAAAAUAAAUUCUUCACUCGAAUCGGCCCGUCCCUGAGUAAUCAAUAUGGCCUCCAGGUCUACGCGGGGCACGCUAACGUAGUGUAGAUAUUUCUUCAAAAAUCUAUAGAACAAACAGUUUCUGUGAUAAUAUAAUUAGUCAAGCUGUUAAAGAGUGUAUGGAAAGAUAUUUUCGUGGUAUUUUAUAAAAUAUCAGUGAUAGUAUUCAGUCAGGAACAAAUUUAGAAGGCAUUCCACUGCCGUUGUAACUACUACUUGUACUUUGCGGAAGACAUCGUCAACGUUACAGUACGAUUCAGUAGUCGUUCAGCAUUUAACAAUUAAUUUAUUGAUCGCUAAAUCUUACAAUGAGGUGGCAAUUUAAGUGUAAAGAUUCAUAGUUUCCAGUUAUUAAAAUCUAAUAUUAUGUCUGAAAAUAAGAGCAAAGAAGAUGCCACGAUGGAGGGUUGUCAAGAAGGGGGCGAAGAAGAAGGUAUGGCUGCCGAAAGGGUCGAAGAUAAGGUCAGUAUCCAACAGAUUCUCGAGGGUAUGACUAACGAAUUUAACAAAAGUGUAAGUCCUGUCAAAAGUACAGAAAUUAAUCGAUCAGAAAAAUUGGAUCAUGAGGAAAUUGAAAAAUCGGAGAUAAAUUUUGAUAAAUCAGCAAUUGAAAAAGAACUUGCUGGAGAUAAAGAUAUAGAAGAUAUUUCAACAAAGCAAAAGACUACAGAAUCAAUGUCAACAGAUGAAAAUCAUAGAGAAGAUCAUAAAGAAGAUACUGGAAAACAAGAAAUUUUGAAAAAAGAUAAUGGAAUUCCGCGUAUCGUUCUUACUUUCAGAACAAUCGACGAAAAUACCGAUGAUGGUAAAAAAACAAAGAUAUCAAGUUGUUCCUCCAACCUUACUUUAGUUCCUGAUGAAUUAGUAAAUUGUGAUCAAAUUGGCGGUGUUUCUGUUAAGAUUGAAAAUUCAGAUGAAAACUCCGAUAAUAUUGAGAAAUCAGAUUCAGAAGAAGGUAGGCCAGAAGAAAUAGCCAUAGAAUCCAAAAAUAAAGAAUCAGAGGAAAAGAUAGAAGAAUCAAAAUUACCAAAAGAAGAUAUGAGGGUAAUAACAGAAGAUAAAACUACUAUUUCUAAUGAAAAAACAAAGACUGAUGAAGCAGAUACUUCAAUAGAACCUACAGAACAGGUGGAUCAAGCAGACAGCACAGUUCCAGUUACUAGGAAAAGAAGAACAGGACGACCUAGAUUAAGAGCACUUAGUGAUCACACUGAAGAAUCUCCAGGUCCUAAACGUUCUGCAAGGAGACUAUGUAAAGAAACAUUAAAAAGUACUGUAUUAGAAAAUGCAAUGGCAAGGAAAGAAAAAUCUAAUUAUACAGAAGAAAAUUUACAAUUUAAAAAACAGCGGAAAUAUAACAAACCAGGAAGACCUAAAAAGGUGAUACAAGGAAAGGAUCAAAACAAACAGUUGCAAACUAAACCUCCUGACAUACGUCAGGAAAUAGAAUCUUCCAUUUCAGAUGGAAAUAUCACUAUUUCUGAGGUAAAUUCAACAUUAGAAUAUUCUAGAAAUUCUAUAUCAGAAAAUAAUGCAAAUGAGACAAUCCUGGAUGAAUCACAAAAUUAUUCAUCUGAUUUUGAUGGUAUGCCAAAAUUAUCUCCUAUGAUAAAAAGUUCAGAAUCUCAAACAAAAUUGAAUAACUCAAUUGGUAGUUCCACAAGCGAUGAUAUAUCUUUAGCAGAUAUUGAAAAACCAUUUCUAAAACCUGCUGCUGGUAGACCUAAACGAGAAAGAGGAAGACCUAGAGGAAGUCAAGCUGCAAGAAAAAUAGCAAAAGCAGAUUCAUUUGAAGAUGGCUCUGUAUCAAUUGCAGAAACAGGCAAAAAUAAUGAUUAUCCUGAAGAAAGCAUUGUACCUAUAAAAAGAACAAGAAGAAGUAUGGCUCCAAGUCCAAGCCCUGCAGAAGGACAAGCCUCAAAGCCAGAAUCAACAGCAAUUAUGAGUGAAACAUAUAGUCAAUCAAUGUUAUGUUUAUGUCAAGUAAGAUCUCAACUAUAUGUAACAAUAACUGGUUCUGGAGCACCAUUAUAUUGUACUGCAAUAGAUUCCAUUGAUAAUAGAUUGGUAGGAUGUUGUAAUGAAGUUGAUAGUAAUGAUGUGGCAAUGAGAAGACCGAGUACACGUGUUCCUUUUAUUAUCUUAUGUCGAAUGCAUAAAGAAAGGCUUUUGAGACAUAAUUGUUGCCCUUCUUGUGGAUUGUUUUGUUCACAAGGAAGAUUUAUACAAUGUAUUAAUGGUCAUCAAUAUCAUCGUGAAUGUGAAAUUUAUCCAAAUAAAAAAGGGGUAUGUCCACAUUGCGGAAACGAAACUACAGCAUAUGAUGUAAUGGUUACCAUGAGUGGAUUAAGAAAACCUGUAUUCAUUCCAACUCGAAAAAAAUUUUCCAAGCUUCCUUCUGCAAAAAUGAGUUUACCAGGAAAGGGUGACAAUACAAAGUUGGCAGAGCGUCCUCCUAGUCCUUUGAUUCAACCAGAUAUUAUUAAAAUACCUGAACCAUCUGUUAAUUCUGAAAGACCUGAGCGUUAUACUAUUAUGAGUCUUUAUACAUCUGUAAAAAAUGGAGAUUUGGAAAAACUAGUUAAUGUUUUAGCAUGUGGAUAUAACGCAAAUCAUACAUUCCGAGAUUAUGCUCAUCGGACUGGACUUCAUAUAGCUGCAGAUAAAGGUCAUUUAUCUUGUGUACAUGUACUAGUACAAGCUGGCGCUCAAUUAGACGUGAUGGAUAGAAAUCAAUUAACACCUUUGAUGUUAGCUGCUAGUAAGGGUAAAGCUGAUGUAGUAAAAUAUUUAAUAAGGAUAGGUGCUGAUGUUACAUUGAAAGGAGAAGAUGGUAUGACUGCUUUGCAUAUGGCUGCUAAAUCUGGUCAUUUAGAAGUAUGUAGGAUAAUUUUAACAGAAUGCAAAGCACCAAGAACAUUAGUAGAUUCAGUUGACGAUGGUGGAUGGACUAGUUUAAUUUGGGCAUGUGAGUUUUGUCAUACCGACGUCGCACGAUUUUUAUUAGAUAGAAAAUGCGAUCCUUUAAUUCGAGAUGCAGAACAAAACAUAGCAUUGCAUUGGAGUGCUUUUAGCGGAAGUUCAGAAAUUACAGAAAUGCUACUUAAUGAAGGUUGUGAUGUAAAUGCUGUUAAUGUUCAUGGUGACACACCUUUGCAUAUAGCAGCAAGACAAGAUCAAUAUGCAGUUAGUGUUCUUUUAUUAGCUCGUGGUGCUAAAAUAGGAGAAGUUAAUGCUGCAGGUGAAACAGCAGUAAAUUGCUGUACAAAUGAUGGUGAUACUAUGUCUGCUUUAAGAUUAAAUGCCAAAGUCAAUGAACUUUCUGAACAUAUGUGGGAAAAAACAAUCAAAAUAUUAACUAAUGAUAUUUCACGUGGUAAAGAAACGAAUCCAAUACAAUGUGUUAAUGGCUAUGAUUCAGAAGAUAAGCCAACAGAUUUUCUUUAUGUAACGGAAAAUUGUUUUACUAGUAAUAUAAAUGUUGAUCGUACAAUAACAUCUUUACAAUCUUGUCGAUGUGAAGAUAAUUGUAGUUCAGAAAAAUGUUUAUGUGGAAACAUAAGUUUAAGAUGUUGGUAUGAUGAAGAAGGAAAAUUGAUUCCAGAAUUUAAUUAUACUGAUCCUCCAAUGUUAUUUGAAUGCAAUCCAGCAUGUGACUGUAAUCGUAUAACAUGUAAUAAUCGUGUUAUUCAACAUGGUCUGACGCAAAGAUUUCAAUUAUUUCGAACCAAAGGUAAAGGAUGGGGACUUAGAACGCUACGGCACAUUCCGAAAGGUUCCUAUGUAUGUGAAUAUGUUGGCGAAAUUAUUUCGGAUUCUGAAGCAGAUCAUCGAGAAGAUGAUUCUUAUUUAUUUGAUUUAGAUAAUAGAGAUGGAGAAACAUAUUGUAUUGAUGCCAGACGGUAUGGAAACAUCGCUCGUUUUAUAAAUCAUUCUUGUGCACCCAAUCUCUUGCCCGUGCGAGUAUUUGUUGAGCAUCAGGAUUUGCAUUUUCCUAGGAUAGCAUUUUUUGCGAAUCGCGACAUCGAGGCAGAUGAAGAGCUCGGCUUCGAUUAUGGAGAGAAAUUCUGGAUAAUAAAAUGCAAGUCAUUCACAUGUACCUGUGGAGCCGAAAACUGCCGAUAUUCUGAGAAGACUAUACAAGUUACUUUGGACAACUACCGCAGAAAAAUACAGCAAGAAGAAAUGCUGGCAGCUCAAUCAUCGUAAUCCUAAACCAAUUUAGCAAAUUCUAUAUAUACUUAUUUUAGUUAUUAGUUUAAUGUUCUUCCUUCUUAUUACUCGGAAUGUUAAUAGAGAGAAUCUCUAAUUUUUCCAUUUACUUUAAAACGAUCUUAAAUUAUGAAAUUGAAAGAAAGUACAAGUACAAAUGGUGGUGGGAUUUGAAUUUGAUAAAAAUAAUUAAAGAAAGUGUUAUCUUGCUACGAGCUAAGAAGGAACUACGUUUUUCUUAUUCCAGUUCGUUGAAAUCGAACACAUCGAAAUCCAUAUUAAUUUUUUCAAUUGAUCAUAUUUUCCUAUUUUUGCCAAUUAUCUUGAAGAUAUAAAGUUUAUCAUAAAAAUAUUUGGACGCUAUAACUUUAAUUUAUAUGCUCUACAUUUGCAAUAAAUAUGCUUAAAAUAAAAAAAAUGUUUUGCAUUAUAUUGAAGCAUAGUAUAGAUGCUAGAAUAUAAAAAUUUUCUUAGUACAAAUUGUUAUUAGAUAUUUAAAAUGAAUUUUCGAAUAUAAAAAUAAUUGAAUAUUUAACAAAGUUAAAAUAAAUAAAAUAAUAAUUUUUUGUAGGAGUCAAGUAUUGGAUUUGAUAUCCUUUUAGUUUUACAAUACAUUUUAACUAGUUUAAUAUAUUGAAUUAUUUUUUGUUCAUAAUAUUUUAUGUCUUAUUUCUAUUUUAAACGAAUUUAUCAUUUUUCUCAAGUAUGUAUUAACUUUAUUUAUUUUUUAUUUAUGAUCUAAUUUCUUGCAGAAUUGUCAUACAAUUUGCAGUAUAUUUAAAUAUUUUCAUAAAUUAAUAAAAAUAGACUUCAAUUUAUCUCAUAGUAUUCAGACAAUAAACUAGCAAAUUUUUUUCUUUUUUGUACAAAAUAAAUUAACAAAUCUUUUAUUUUCUGUAUUUAUAUAUUUUAUUAUAAUAUUAUAUGUAGUAUUAUAAUUCUUUUAUAAUGUUAUAUAUAAAUAAUCAAAUAUUUUAGUUAUUUUAACUUAAUUUUGUAAGUGUCCAAAUAUUUUUGCAAUAUAAAAAUUCAUAUUAUUUUGUCAUUUUUUUAAGUAACAAUUGAAUUAAGACAAUUUUUUAUGUUAAUCUCUAUAUAUUAUGCUAUAAACUGCAAAACAUUGUUAGUUUCUUUACAUUUAUUUUAGAUAUAGAGCAUAGAAGUCGAGUUCGAAUAUUUUUGUGAUCAUUUGUAUCUCAGGAGAUGUGCCACUUUAUGAUUCUUAGUUUUUAAAUAAUAAAAUAAUGAUAUGCAUAAUAUAUAAUUGUUAUAUAGAUUCUGUACGUAAUGUAUGGAUUAUAAAGGAAUGUGUGUUUAUAAUUAUUAUAGUUUUGCGAACGAUGUGUGUGAUUAGGAAAGAAUUAAAUACUGAUUGGUGUACGUUAUGAAUGCAGUAUGUUUGAAAUUCGUAACAAAUUUCGUAUUUCAAUUAAAGUUACGAAUUCGAUAUUUGCUUAUUGAGUUGUAGAGAAUGAUUGUUUAUAAAUGUUCGUAUUAUUACAAACAGUUUAGAACAUAAGUACACCUUUUUGUACAAAUUAUUGAUUUUUUGUAUAAUAAAAGAAAUGUAGUUCUUUUUAAGAUA